AUGGAGAGAGCCAGGCCGGAGCAGCCGCCUCAGCAGCGCCAACUGCCGCGGGCGACCCCGCCGCGCCUGCUGCGCCCUACUCCGCCCCCGCUGCCCGUCGAGGGUGCCUCCUUCCGGGCAGCGGCCGCGGAGCCCUCUCCGUCGCCGCCCACCCCGUGCGCGGCCGCCAUUGCGACCGUCGCCUCGUCGUGUGGGGAAGCCUCGGCGUCGGGCGUACAGCCAGGGGCACGACGGAUGCUGCAGGUGAAGCCGGAGCAGGUGUUACUGCUGCCCCCCGGGCCACCACUGCCUCAGGCCCGGGAGGAAGGCGCCGCCACUUCUCCCGCGCAGGCGCGGCUGCUGCAGCUGAGGCCCGAGCUGCUCCUGCUGCCGCCGCCGCCGCCCCCAGCGUCUCAGGGCGUCCCCUGCAGGCCUGAGUUGCACCCGUUGCAGCCCCGAGCGUUGCACGUUAAGGUGGAGAAGCAGGAGCCGGGAUCCGGCUUGGAUCUGUUGGCUGGGCCUCGGAGGGCCGUCGAGGCGUGCCCGAAAACCUCCAGGACGGUGAAGGCAGAAGCCUCCGGGCCCCUCAACAGCCGCCGAGGGGACGAGAAGAAGGGCAAGUUGGAGGCGGAGGAGAUCGUGAGCUACGCAGCAAAAGGCGGAGAAGGCACAAGCCUGGCAGUCCUCAGAGAAGGAGUCAUCAAAACGGAGGCGCCUGAGAGACUUCGAGAGGACUGCAGGCUCAGUACAGAGCCCGCGUCCAAUGGCCUGGCUCAUGGCAGCAAGGAUAUCCUGACCCAGCCGUCCAGUGCCUUUGGGCCACAUCAGCAAGACCUCAGGGUCCCUUUGACUCUUCACACCGUGCCCCCCGGGGCCCAGAUCCAGUUUCAGGGACCUCCACCUUCAGAGCUGAUACGAUUGACCAAGGUCCCGUUGACACCAGUGCCUAUUAAAAUGCAGUCCUUAUUGGAGCCUUCUGUAAAAAUUGAAACCAAAGAUGUCCCGCUUACGGUGCUUCCCUCAGAUGCAGGAAUACCAGAUACUCCCUUCAGUAAGGACAGAAAUGGUCAUGUGAAGCGACCCAUGAAUGCAUUUAUGGUUUGGGCAAGGAUCCACCGGCCAGCACUAGCCAAAGCUAACCCAGCAGCCAACAAUGCAGAAAUCAGUGUCCAGCUUGGGUUAGAAUGGAACAAACUUAGUGAAGAACAAAAGAAACCCUAUUAUGAUGAAGCGCAAAAGAUUAAAGAAAAGCACAGAGAGGAAUUUCCUGGUUGGGUUUAUCAACCUCGUCCAGGGAAGCGAAAACGCUUCCCUCUAAGCGUUUCCAAUGUAUUUUCUGGUACCACACAGAAUAUCAUCUCUACAAAUCCAACAACAAUUUAUCCUUAUCACUCACCUACCUACUCUGUGGUAAUUCCCAGCCUACAGAACACCAUCACUCAUACAGUUGGUGACUCUCCACCGACCAUCCAGCUGCCCACACCUGCAGUCCAGCGUCCAAGCCCCAUCACGCUUUUCCAGCCCAGCGUCUCCAGUACUGCCCAGGUGGCUGUCCAGGCUCCAAGUCUGCCCCUCCACCCAGCACUCCCACCCCAGCGCUUUGCUGGGCCCUCCCAAACAGACACUCAUCGGCUGCAUUCUGGAGUCAGUCGCUCUGUGAAGAGACCCACUCCUGUUUCUCUGGAGAGCACCAACAGGAUUCCAACUAGUGCAAGUCCUGCCCAUUCCAGAUUUGCAACCUCAACCAUCCAACCUCCCAAGGAGUAUCCCAGCGUUUCCACUUGUCCCAGAAGUACUCCCAUUUCCCAGGCUCCUCCUAUCCCACACUCACACGUCUACCAGCCCCCACCCCUUGGCCAUCCAGCUGCAUUGUUUGGGACACCACCACGAUUCUCUUUUCAUCACCCUUACUUCCUACCUGGACCUCACUACUUCCCAUCAAGCACGUGCCCUUAUAGUCGGCCUCCCUUUGGCUAUGGAAAUUUUCCAAGUUCAAUGCCAGAAUGCCUUGGUUAUUAUGAAGACAGGUACCAAAAACACGAGGCUAUGUUUUCAGCUUUAAAUAGAGACUAUCCUUUUAGAGACUACCCAGAUGAACGCGCUCACAGCGAAGAUUCUCGAAGUUGUGAGAACAUGGAUGGGACUUCUUACUAUAACAGUCAUAGCCACAGUGGAGAAGAAUACUUAAAUCCCAUGCCUCAGCUGGACGUUGGAGCCUUGGAGAAUGUCUUCACAGCUCCGACAUCAACUCCCUCUAGUAUCCAGCAAGUCAAUGUCACUGACAGUGAUGAGGAGGAAGAAGAAAAAGUGCUCAGGAAUUUAUAA